CGGGGACUAGACGACAGUCCUAACUUACUUCAACUGGCGCCUUUUUUCCCUACCUCGAUAAAAAUUUCUCGCAUUCCAGUCGGGAAUCCCAGAUGACACGAGGAUUUUCAACAUCGUUUGGAGAACCUCUAAGCGAUCUGUCGAAGAAAUAUGUGAGGGAAGUGCGAUCCAAGAUAACGCAGCCAAUCAGUUCAACAUUCGAUACUGACUUCAACAUCUUUCGCUUCAUAAUGUCAGCAGAAAGGGGGCAUCGAAAGGAGAAGGACAUUAUAGAAGCAGCCGCAGGCGCACUGAAUAAUCAUCUACGGAUUCGAAAAGCGCUCGAUCUAGAUAAUGAACCAAUUAGGACAUUCGAUGAAAAUCCCAUCUUUCAAAAAAGACUCAUGCCCAAAGGAGAGAUUCUCAAUGUAACUGAUAAUAAGAAUCGACUUCUAUGGUUCAUAGAAUAUGCAACUAUAUCUGUGGAGGGCAUAGCAUGUGCACUUCAAAGCUCACAGGUAUGCAAGUAUCAGUUUUGGCAGUUCGAAUAUAUGCUUCACAGAGUGAUGGAACAGGAGAAAACCAGCGGACGACUCAGUUCCAUCCGACAUAUCAUUGACAUGACGGGUUAUGAGAUAAAUCCGUUCACAAUGGUGUUCAUAAGCAGUGGAACUCUAGCAUACUAUUCCCAGCUUUUUCAUUAUGAAAACUAUCCAGAACUGGUCACACCGAUAGACAUGGUGAACAUUGCAAAAUGGAUACACGUUCCCUAUAAACUUGCGAAAGCAAUGAUGCCUGCGGGAUUCACAGAUAGAUUUCGAUUGCAUGAUGGCAACUUUUUGAAAGACCUCACUGAGGAUAUAAGCCUAGAGCAUAUACCGACUACACUCGGCGGAAAGCAGGAUAGCAUAGUAUGCAUCGGUGCAGGCAAGCCGGGCCAAAUGGUACCACCCACUCUUCCUCAGGAAAUUCACGGUCAUUUGGAGUGCUUUCACAUUCCGGCGAGAGGCCGGCGCCAAAUCGUUGCUGAGGUUACUGAACCAACAACUCUGAGUUGGUACUUCCGAACUGAUGGAGAUGUAUUUUUCGGCGUAUUUUUUGAAGCGCAGGGCACACCAGUGAACAGCCAUCCCAAUUUUGAUACAAUGGAAAUGGUCUAUCCCUGGUUGAAGCUGACCGCUAAACAAGUUCACGAGAGGGACUCUAUAAGAUGUGAGAGAAGUGGCAGAUAUUAUGUCGUACUUUGCAACAUGCACUCGUGGCUCUCUCGUCGUAAAGUGGACAUAUGUACAUACGUGACAGACAAGGACGGGACAUCAAAACGACUACAUUCCGAUGGAAUUUUGACGCUUGUUCCCACACAAGUCAUACAUCAAAUGCGCCAAUGA